GCCUUCCCCAGAGUCCGAUCAAAAAAAUCGUUAUCCUCACGACUUUUCCUUUGCCCCCCAGUAACUCAUUCGAGAUACUGACACACAGACACGAUGUCCGCAUCUAGACUUGUCCACCGCUUCGUGCGGCCCUCCGCAUCCUCCCUCUCGUUCACCACGACGACCACUUUUGCCCGUCGCUCUUUCGGCAACUCGGCUGUUCGUCUCAACGGCGAUGGCGCUGUGAAGGAUCGCGCUCCCUCGACCGCGCCCCAGCACCGUGAGAACGAGAUCAACAAGCCCCACAACCCCAAUGUCCCCAACACGACCUCCACAAUGACCAAGGACUUCCCCAAGGUGGGCGCCAAGUCCGCGCCGCCGGACCUCGUGGGCGCCGUCGACCCGAACUACAAGCCGGCGGACCCGUACCCCGGCAAGGUUGAGCAUUUCACCGGCGGGCGCGAGGAGACCGGGGCCCAGAAGCCGGAGCUGGGAGUUGGAGAGAUGGAGGGUAUCACCUUCCGGGUUGAGCCUCUCCGCCGCUCGGGAGAGGAUGUAACGACCAUGCGCGCGCGGUUGUUGUAUCAGAGCAGAAAGCGCGGCAUCCUCGAGUCCGACCUGUUGCUGUCGACCUUCGCCGAUGUCUACCUGCGUACGAUGAACCAGGCGCAGCUGCAGGAGUAUGACCGCUUCCUCGACGAGAACGAUUGGGAUAUCUACUACUGGGCUACGCAGGAUCCCCCGGCCGAUGGCGGCGAACAGUCCCCUUCCUCCACGGCCCAGGGGGCCCAGGAUACCGUCACCGAGACCUGGAAGCAGACUGGAGCCAAGAGCGGCGAGUGGGCGCAGACCGUGGGCGCCUACAAGGCUGCAUACCGGCCCGUGCCGACGCGGUGGAAGGAGUCGAAGGUGCUGGAGCUGCUGCGGGCGCAUGUGCGCGAUAAUAGCGCAACGGGCUUCCAUGCAGCGAAGAGUAAGAAGACGGGGGGUGCUGGGUUGGGUCGCAUGCCUAAUGUGCAGGUGUUUAACUAGAGCGGAGGGGAGAGAAGCGAAAAGGUAAAAGGGGUCUCGAUGGUCGUCGUUGAUGUCGCGCGUGUACUAUAAAAAGGAAGGGGCUGUAGACUGAAAUUCUG